UCCUUUUGGGCUGAGAAGGCUUCAUUCGGCGCCUCCUCGCCUCUCUUGCUCUUCCCCCACCCUACAGGGCUGCCUUUCACUGAGCUGGAGGAACUGGCGUCUCGAAGACCCUUCCCUGCCAUGACGCCCCAGAGCCCCUUCCCAGGAAGGGGUCCUCAUCCCUCUGCCAGCACCAGGCAGGAUCCCCAGGACGGCUCCCGGGUCCCCGUUCUCCCCAACACCCUCCUCUCGGCCUCGGCAGAACGGUCUGGCCAUCCCAAGGGCCGGGCGAGCGGCGCUCCAGCCGUGGAAGGAAGCCAGACGAGCGCGGAGGCCCCGAGCGGCGCACGGACCAGGGAGAAGCCCCCCACGGCAAAGCCACCCUUCGUGCCUGCCAGGCCCACCACCCGCUGGCCCCCGUGGGCUUUUCUUCCCACCUCUGCUCCUCGGAAGGACCCUCCGGGUCGCCCAUCCGGCCCGGCGUCUCAAGGAGUCCCUGCGGCAGGCGUGGAAGGAGGCGGGUCUGAGGGCUGGGAGCCCACCACCCUUGCACCCCCGGCUCUGGGUUCAAGGGGGGCAUCAGCCAGGCAAGCUGGCUGGACUGGGGGGGAGCCUCCUCCGAGCCUUCAGCCUGGGCAGGAGGGAGCGCAGGCCGAGGAAGGGGCAGCCGCCUCUCUUUCAGCUGGGGAGUGGGGCCCACCUGCGACGGGCCCCCCCUGGCCUCCCAGGCCUGCCACCGCCACCACCACCAGCCGGCCCCUGGCUCAGGAGGCCAAAGGCCCCCUUCCCCAUUCCGCUUGGCAGCCCCUUAGGGACACCACAGAGCCCAGCCCCACCAAGUGGGCAGCCCUCCCCACAGCCUCUGGGCCGGGAAGAGACAUGGCCACCGGCGCCCCAGGGCGGGCACAGCCAUGGCCUCACACUGGGAACACGGUCCUCUUUUGGACGGAGAGCGGAGUGCCAUGGGAGCAGACGGUGGGUCACCUAGAUUCUGGGGGGCUGGCGCCCCACUUGGUGGAAGAAACCAGUCCCUCCGAGGCCGGGACUGCAGUUGGGCGCUUCUCCCCUGGCACAGCCCUGGCACCAUCCCCGAUGCCCUCCUCAGCAUCCCACCCAGAGUUAGGCCUGGUGGGGGAGAGAACAGGCAGCCUGGGGGCCCCCAACCCCAACCUAGCCCCCCCUUCUUUGUGGGAGACGGAGCCUCCAUGGGAAGCAUCUUCUGCUAGAGAGAGGUGGGGGGAGCCAUCCCACACUGGCCCCUUCUCCCCUUCAUCUUUCCGCAGAGAGACCCCCUUGCCCCUACACUGGGGGAGCUUCCGCCCCAGCCUGGCGGAUGACCCACAUGAGCUGCCUGCCAGCGUCCCAUCCCCUGGGGAGCCCUUCACCCCCCUGCCCAGGAGCCCAGCCUGGCACUCAGCAGGGCAGCCUUCCAGGGAGGACCAGGGCCCCCUCCACCCUUCCGUGGGGCACCCAGCGGUUGUGGGCGCUGCCCCCUCCCCAGUGGGCAUCUUGCCUGAAAGCUCUUCAGCAGCUCCCAGCAAAGAAGGGGCACCUCGGGACGCUUCCGCAAAGCCAGCAGGUCCUGGAGCGCUGACCCCUAGGACACCCCCCAGGCCGACUCCAGGGGCAGCCUUUGCCAUUGUGGCCCCCCCUCUGACACAGACCACGACCACUUGGGGAGGAGGCUUGAGGACGGUUGCCACCGACUCUGCGAAGAGCCCCCGCCCAGAGACAGCUACGGAAGGUGCCACGUGGCAGGCCCGGGAAAGCCCUGGGAGCAGGGGGGCAGCCACAGAGACAGCUGAGCCCCCCAGCAGUGGGAGCCCCUGGAGGGAGGGAGGCUCUCCUGGCCAGCCCCCCGCCCCGGCUGGGCCCCCAGCAAGCUCAGCCGAGGCCACCUCCUCGGCCACGAGCCUUGUUCUGAGUGCGGACCGCUCCAGCCCUCCGGAGUUUCGCUCCGAACGCCUCGCCUUCUCGGAUCCACCCUCCGAAACCGUGGCAGCUCUCACCCGGGCCACGGGAGGAACUGUGGCAGCACCCAAUCUGCCCUCCUCAGCCCGCCACCACGCGUGGACUUCUUCAGCCAGGACGUGGAGCUGGGAGGGUGGAGACCCGCCCCGGCACCCCACGGAAAGCCUCCGGAAGGAAAAGAUCCAGCAAAGCCCAGGAGCUGCCCAAACCACGGUGGCCCUCCUGAGUGUGUCCCCCUCGGGCAGCAGCGGAAGCAGAAGCAGGGGCCACCCGUGGCCACCCAAGCCGACCCCUGAGCAGGGCAGCAGAAGAGAGGGGCCACAGCGUGCCACCACCUGGCUGUCGGCAGCCGGGCCGGAGGAGGCCACCCCCCAGCUGUGGCCGGCCACGCCAAGGGAGGGGCACCCCAGAGGCCACUCCGUCUUUGUCGUGGAGAACCAGCCGCCCCUCCUCAAAGCCGCUUUCCUGCACAUCCCUUGUGAGCUGGUCCUGGCCAUGGAGUUCUCCAGGAGCCUUCAGGACCCCGAGUCGCCCGAAUACCGGAGCUUAGCGUGCAGCAUCAACGAAACGGUCACCCCGCUCUUUGCUUCUCUGCCUGGAUUCCAGCGCCUUGAGGUCAAGGCCAUCCGGUCAGGGGGUGUGGUGGUCGUGGUGGAGUUCGACGCCCUGUUCCGGCCCCAGGUGCCAGGGUUGUGGGCGGCUCUGCGCCGGUCACCUCUCUCGGAGCGGCUGCCGCCAGGACUGUGGGUGGCCAACGCCAGCGUGCUGCGAAGUGCGACCCAGGAGAGGCGCCUGGACCCGUGUGCCGUGCUCUUCUCCUGCCACGCUGGCUACGAGUGCCUUGCCGAGGAGGACGGGGGCGCCCGCUGCGUCUCCCUCUGCCACCGGGACUAUUGCAAGAACCAGGGCAUCUGCACCCACGUGGCCAACCACACCCCCGUCUGCCAGUGCCCCGUGGGCCACGACUUCUGGUUUCUGGGGGUCCACUGCGAUUACAAAGUGACCCAGCAGGGCUUGCUGGGGGUCGCCGGCGGCUUGCUGCUCAGCCUGGUAGUGCUCGGCGGGGUCGUGGCUGGCCUGGUGAUGCGCCGGGUCCGGCUGCUGUUGCUGGAAGCCAGAGCCGACCAGACCAAGAGCAGCUACCGGCGCUUCUGCCGGCUGGACGAUGUCUCGGCCCACUACUGGUCGGAGCCCUGGCUGGCCUCCACCACCUCCCUGGACAACCCAGCCUUCAGCAACUCUGAGGAGCUGCUUCACCUCCAGAUCCUGGAGCCCGCCUGCUAUGGCUGCCAGGAGGACUGCGGGGCGCCUGACCACUGCUGCAGACGGACUCCGGACGCACCUCGUGGCAUCUGCGCUGCUGGGCAGCCGAGUUCUCGUUCCAACUGGGCCGAGAGCACAAGCAGCGUGAACGACCCCAUGGUGGACUCGGGGAAGGCCAGCGAGGUCUCUUUCUCCAGCUGGCCGAUGGAGCCCAUCCAGUGGAGCCCUUUCCCUGCCCAGCACAAGCCUCCCAGGGAUCAGGCGGUAGUCGGGGGGGGGGCGCACAGGAUCAACUCCCUGAGUUCAGCAGAGUUCUUCUGCUGCGUGCCAGAGUGA